GAUCAAUACAUUAAUUAAUAUUUGCAUCCCUGAAGCCCUAAGAUCAUUUUCGAGCUUCUGGUUCGCUUGUAAUUCAUUUAGAUAAGCUGUGAACGACACUUGAAAAAACAAUGGCAAGAAUGCUACCUCGUUCAAAGAAAACGAUAUUCAUUUUCCUACUUAUUGGCAAUAGUAGUUUUUAUGUGUAUCAGCAAUUUGGAGGACAGAACCGCACUAAAAAAGAGCGAAGCCCUGGUAUUCAACAGGACACAUCAGGCCAAGAAGAAUCGUUAGGAAUGUCUUCUGGGGAAAAUGGCCGGGGAUAUGUUGGUGAUAAACAUGGAAUGAAGUGGAGACCAGUAUUAAGGAAAGGUGCUCAUUUUGAAAUGGAUAGUAGUAAUCUUGAUGUUCGAAAWAAGGCGGUUCCAGUUAAAUUGGACUCUAUAAAUAACCAGGCAAAGAAACUGAAAGCAAAAUAUACUGGAGGAAAGAAUGUAGCUGAAAAACGAACCCAUCGAAACAGAAAUGAUGAAUUCCGAAAAACCAAGCCUAACAGAGUUAAUAGAGGGAGAAAACAAUYUAAUAGAYAUAGUAACGAGAAGAAACGUUCCCCACGUAGAGGAAGGGAGGGGCGAAAAUACCAGAAAAAUCAACCUAACGGGGGAACUGACGGUAAGAAUCCCCCAGGUAGGGAGAGAGGUGAUGUAACGAAUUAUAGCGGGGAAACCCAUGACAAAAGCCGGAUACAUAUACAAUACGGAGAAGUAAAUACGAGGAAAGUUAAACCAGUAAAACCUAUCAAUGAUUUACAACAGGACUYUAAAAUAGAAAACAAACAACAGAAUAAAAAAUUGUGCAACAUUACAUUCGAGUACGGCCAAAUGUGUCCGACUCUGUACACGGAUCUCGGCGGAUACUGCAAGAUAGACAAGAAAGUACCGGGAGGAUUUGACUGCCCUGAUAUUCGUAGAAAAGGAUAUAAUAAACUACGAAGCACUCAGCUCGUCCUCACGAGACUUCUAAAGAUAUUUGACCUGGUUGCUAGGAAACAUGACAUCAAAUAUUGGAUUACAUCCGGGACUUUGUUAGGUGCUGCACGGCAUCGAGGCUUCAUACCAUGGGACGAAGAUGCUGACAUUGAGAUGACACUGGAUGAGUACAUCAAACUCUUCAAAUGCUGCAAAAAUGAUUUCCCAGAAGGAAUAUUUUUUCAGAGCUCGGAGACAGAUCCUUAUUUAAAAUCACAGAAUGAGACGGAAAAUCGCCUUUUGAGACACCCAGUGGUUGGGCUUUAUCGACGACUAUGGAACCCAAGGCUAAGAGACACGAAGAGUCGUACAAAGUUUUGUCUGGCAUAUGGCUGUGGAUGGGCCGAUGGGCUAAUGAUUGACAUAUUCAUCGCAGAAGACACCAUGCAUCCAUAUCACUUGAGCAGAGUUUUCCCACUGAAAGAAAUGUUGUUUGAAGGAUUUCGUUUCCCCGUGCCGGGUAACUGGAGAAAAAUACUGCAAUACAAGUACGGGGAUUACAACAAGGAGCUGGGAGAAUAUGAUGAGAGGAUACCUGAGGAUAAUUCUGAUCCUUUCCACAGCUGUGAGGAAUUGAAGCAAGCGAACAACGGCUAAGCAUUCGUGAAAAUAAUUAAUGAUUUUCAAUUAAUGGUUUUCACAGCCGCCAUUUUGGAUGAAUUUAAAAAGAUUCGACGCUAGUCUCUUUUGUUGUAGCAUCCAACUUUACCACCGUGUCUUUUGUUAUUUCAAGCCCCUGGGAAUGAUUGAAGACCAGCAAUUGCAAACUCAUUAUCGGGUUCAAAACCGUAGAACAUAGAAGCUGAGACCAAAAGUUAUGCUGGGAAAUGACAUCAUUAUCCUCCAAUGUAUUCAUUGAAGAUACAGUCCAUAUGAAACGUGCUAAAAGCCUACUUGCUUUAUAUCAGUGUAACAAUCAAUGAAUAUUCUACGAGUUGUAUCACUAGAUACUCUGAUUAACUUACUUCCCAUGUACCAUUUCGGUCUCAGCUUGUAGGUUUUAUAUGAUUUUGAACCCGAUAAUGAUUUUUCAGUUGAGUUAGCCUCCUUUAAAGACAUUAGGGAACGACACAAGGAACGUCUGUAAAGGAGCCUAACAUAUGAUAGGAUCUUCCUAAGACAGACUAACUAUUUAUAGUUGCUUCAGGGGCAGAUGCAAGAUUUCGAGUGGAUCGGGGGUUCACAUUAUUUAAAAAAUUGAACAUUGAGAAACAUUUUAGUCAAAUUGGGCAUUAUUAAUAGGCAAGAAUUCUUUCGAGGGGAGGGGGUGGGGUUCAUGAGAACCCUGUGACUACCACCUGGAUCCGCCAACGUGCUUAUCGUUUAUACAACGUACAAGGAAUAAAAGGAAUCAAGCGUGACGAACCUCCAGGGGAUUCAUUUUCUUUGUUUUUACUCUUCGAAAAAUUCAUGAAUAUCCCAAAGGAUACGAAAGGAAUAACGAUGAUAUCCCGACGAGUUUCAAAACAAUAGCUCUUCAUUCCCCCAGAGGUUUGUCACGCUGAAUUGGAAAAACAUUGUCACACCACGAAUAAGGUCUAUUGAGGUUUUGAUAAUCAGACUAGGGAAGAGUACAAAAUUUACCAUAUCUUUUACAUCUGCAUUCGUGCAUCUAUUGUUGAGCUGCAAGCAUUUUCAAAAGAAUCAAAGGACAAAAAAAUGGCGGUCAUCUUGGUGCUUGUUGGUAUCCACCAACAUAACCGCAAUGACGCAACGUGCAAUCGAAAAAUACUGUGUAUAUAUUGUUCAAAGUUCUAUUUUAUUUGAUACAAUAAUAUAUUACAUACUAUAUGUCUGUAUGCUGUUACCAAACAUGUUUAGUGUAGUGCUAGCUGUCUAUGUUUGAAUCCAGCUCGUCCAGGAACAAACGACAUUUUUCCUUUAAACAUUUGAUGGCUUCGCACAUCAGAAUAUCGGGGCGCAAUGCUCCUGUCGACUCUAUUGAAA